CCGAGGGCGGGUGCCGUGAAGUGUUACGGGACAACCCGCCACCUGCCAUCAUUGCCAUGGCAAGUUGACGGGAAGUUGAAAUUCCUUUAGCCAAACCUACUAGUAUACUCUUAGGGCGAGCGCUGGGUUGAGCCUUAAGAACUCCCGCCUUCUCGUCACCUUCUCCGCAGGUCUUCUGCACGACUGGAAAGGUUUUACCAGGGAUACCUCGACUCUCUUACUGACCCAACUCAAUCUGUUGACCCCCGGUCUUCAGUCAUUAACUCGACUCCUACCACCUGUCAAUAUGGAAAAGCUUCCCCAAGAGGUCUUUGAUCGGAUGUUCGAUCUCUCAGAGCUUUCCAGUCAGCACACAGAGCGGCUAUCUGCUGACGCGAACAUCUCACGUCAGUGGCAGUAUGCCGUCGAACGGCUUGUUUUUCGGUCACUUUCCAUCGGUGUCGACGAUAUUCCGGUAUUCGAGUAUCUUUUCCAAGACGUCCGACGGUGGAGCUACCUCCUGUCCAUCAAGUACACGAUAUUUCGACCAGUCUUGCCGCGACAACUUGAACGGACUUCUUCCGGUUUCCCGUGGAACCAAAUGUGCAAUCUCAAAUUGCACUCGGAGCUAAAGCGUCUUUGGAACCUGCUCAACGCGUAUUGGAAUCAGGAGAACCCAAGUAAUGUUGAGGGCUUCAACUUACAUCUUGAUUUCCGAAUGGAUCCGCUUGAUUAUUUUGAUACUUUUGGUUGUUGCUUCCCGCAGCAGGCCUUUAAGGACAUCCCAUAUUCGUUGACAUUUCCGACACUCAGAGGAAUAUCAACUCUGACCGUCAAGUGGAGGACCCAUCACAACAACGCUCCCAGAAACCUCCAUCCUGCAUGGCUUUUCAAGUUGAUCGCAGCGUGCCCUUCAGUAGCGACCGUCAACUGGGAACUAUUUGAGCCAAAAAUCCCGGAGGCGGCUGCGGUAGAGAGCAGCCAAAGACAGUUGCUUGCCUCUGCUCUUUCCAAUCCCAUCCUACAAAACCUACGAUCUUUGAACUUGACUUCAUGAUUCGCCCUGUUGGGCAGAAUUCCUAUCAUUACGAGGCAGCGACGGACAGUCUCAACCCUGUGUUGCGCACCUUAUCUCAACAGCUGAGAAAACUCGCCCUGCGUGGAAGCUUUUCUCUUAGCCCGAGCUUGUUUUGGCCUGACACAGAUUCCCCCGGCAACUCGAAUCAGGAUCC